CUUCCACCUCCAUCCAACCUGGACUACUCAUUUAUCCAGAUCUGCACCCUGAACUGGACGUGGAAUCCCCCAGAGAAUGUCAGCAGUAGCUGUGACCUGGAGUAUUCCAGUGACAUUGUUGUUGAUGAGGUCCCUCAGGACAAGAGAGAAUGGAGUAAGAGUCUGUUCCGUGUGACGGACACGUUCCUGAACGAGGAAAUGCGCUUCAAAGUGAGGAGCGAGUGCAAAGCUGAUAACGCCAGCGAGCCCAGCCCCUGGGUGGAGACCUCUCUUCUGCCAACAGGUGUUCCAGGUACUGCUGCUGUUGACUUGAGCUGUGUUUGGCACAAUUUGGAGCACAUGGUUUGUAAGUGGCGUCCUGGGGAGAAUGCAAGCAGUGACACCAAUUACACGUUGUUCUACUGGUUUGAUGGUUUGAAAAACCCUAAGAAGUGCAGCAACUAUUCUAUGGACCAAGGAAUCUUUCGAUGCCUUUUCGAUUUUAGCUUCCCAGAAGUCACCAGUACUUACCCAGCUAUAAGUAUUUUGAUUAGAGAUGAUUCUGAAGAAAUUAGGCCUGUGUGUGCAAGUAAAAAUCCUACAACCCUUGUAAAGCCUGCCACGCCCAGGAGUGUUGAGCUCUCAAAGAUUAAUGAUGGAAUAUACAUAGAAUGGAGUGAAUCAGACACCUUUCCAGAAAAUUGUUUGUUUUAUGAAGUUAAAUAUCACAGUGGUGAUUCAGACACUGCUCAGAUAAUUGAAGUUGAAAAGAAUUAUAUGUCAGUCCCUAGUGUUGACCCUAAUAGCAAGUACAUCUUCAAAGUGAGAGCAAAACCCAAGCCUGAGUGUUACAGCAGCAAGCUGGUCAGUGACUGGAGUGAAGAAAAGAGUAUUGGUGAGAAGAUGGACUCUACUUUCUACUUGGUUUUAAUAGUCACCAUUCCAUUAAUAGUAGCAAUAUCUACAAUAAUUCUACUAGUUUAUCUAAAAAGGCUUAAGAUACUUAUUCUUCCUCCAAUCCCGGACCCGAGGGAAAUUCUGAAGCGCAUGUUUGGGGAGCAGAGCGAGGAUUUCCAGAGCUGUGCAAAGGAUGAAUCUGUGAAUGCAUACAACAGGUCAAUUAAGGAAGAAGAAAUUCAUACCUUAAUUUUAACAGAGACUCCAGUGGGCACCAAUUCUGAAAAAGAAACCCGUUUCUCCUCUGCUGCAAGAGUAGAGCAGCAGAACCCUGAUUGUGCUGGAGGUAAAAAUUCAAGUAAUGGGAAGAAAGAAAUCCUCUUUAUGAACCACAGAGCAGACCCAGAAGAGCUCUUCACAAAACUGGAACGCAUAGGAAAAGGCUCCUUUGGGGAAGUCUUUAAAGGAAUUGAUAAUCGGACACAGCAAGUGGUUGCUAUAAAAAUCAUAGACCUUGAGGAAGCAGAAGAUGAAAUAGAAGAUAUACAGCAGGAGAUAACUGUUUUAAGUCAGUGUGAUAGUCCGUAUGUAACAAAAUACUAUGGAUCAUAUUUAAAGGUGGUUCUGGCUCUUUAA